GCAGGCUUGCUGAACUCCAUGUCCUUCGAGGAUUUGCGCGUGACAUGCGAGCGACUGGAACGCAGUUGCGAGGACAUGCGUUCUUUACUCAACGAAUUUGUGGAGGAACAGGCGAUGUUGCGACGAGAGCAAGAUCGUCUCCACAAGCGAGUAGAGAAGGCACAGAAGAAAGUGGGCCGCCAGGAGAACUUCAUCGACAACCUGAUCAGUGAUAUGGAGCAACUCGAGGUGUCGAAUUUGCUCUCCAGCAUCUUUCGUGCGAAGGAAGAACGAAAGGUUGCAAAGAGACGUCGAUGGGCGACGAAGGAAGCAGCAGGCCAAGUGAAGGCCGCAGACACGGAGAAGGACCUGCAAGAUGAGGGGCCCUUCAGCGAUCACACAGUGAAAUUCUCCUGGGCCACCGAGCUGCAGGGUGAGAGGCUUCCUUCCCCGGAACUGGCUGGGCAUGGUGCCGACGCAUUGUCGCGCUGGGUGCCGGGCUGGGGGCGGCGUGCGCGAAGUGAUGUCGGGCGAUCCAGUCGUGCCAUGCCUCAGUUGGGGAUCCCCUCCAGCAAUGGUUGUGACAGUACCAAAGUCAGUCUGAUUCUGGCGUGGUGUGGCGGAUUGGGCCUGACACUACGAGAUGUCAUUUACACCUACCAGCAGGGCUGUUCCGUCCAUCGGCGCUUUGGUUUUCGCACCUUCUGUGUGGUGGAAAUUUUAGACACGCUCUUCCUCCUUCCAUGCACCAUUCAGCUACUCUUUCUGGUAGCUACCUACAGCGAGAAGGUUCAGCAACACCUGCGCGAGAUUGAAGAGCAGCAAACACGGCUGGCGGAGAAUUACCGGAGAGCCAUACAUGAAAAACAUGAGAGUCUGAAAGCAUCUGUGAAAAGCAACAUUGAGUUGGCUCACAAGAACUUUCUCCAAGAACGGAAAGAUUUCCUUCGCUUCUUAGAUCAGCUUCAAGAGACCUUACAUGGCGUGGAAGAUUUGGAGUUGGCGCAGGAAGUGAGGAAAUUCAUCGUGCUAUGGCUGAGGAUCUACACUGAAACCUUCAGGAGAACGGAGAGUCAGGAGACUCGCCAUGCAGAACAGCUUUUAGAGAAGUGUGAGAAUGUGGCACAAGUGUUGCAGCAGACCAGGGUCAUCUUGCAGCAGACAAACUUUGAGACUGUCUUAGUGGAUUCCUUCGAUCUUUCGGCGGACGUUCGCGGUUUGUUGGCGAACUUGGAACCUCCAACGGUCUCAAUGCGCGGCUGUGCUUGCGGACCCGACUGGAUUCAACUGAAGUCGAGAUGCCGUUGUCAUAUGGACGAAGAGAGUAUUGAUUGUUGCCUCUGCCAUGUCGACUUGCUGGACACGAGCCAUGGCUUACUGUUGAUUGCCUUGAUAGCGGGGACCCUACUGGUCUUCAUCAACCUGGUCUUCUUUCUCCUCAGUGCACGAACGGUGCGGCUGGCGGUGGAUACGCUGUGGGACUUGUUGCCAUUGUUGCUGUACUUGCUGUGCUUAACGCUGAUCCUCUGUCGCUUUGAGCGUGUUUGCUUUCUCGGGAGACAGCACGGAGAGUGGACGGAGCAGCGUCGAGAAGCCUUCCUGGAAUUGUCCAGCAAGAUGACGUCCCGCUGGGAGCUCGCGAACAACCUGGUCGAGUUAUGGGACCAACGAACUUUACCUCGAUUGGAGCUUCUGAAGGAACUCCACUGCCGCCUGUCGAUGCUGCCACGGGACGAGCUGCGCGCGCAGUUGCUGAUGGUCAACAGCCAGGUGAGUCGCCUGGAAGACGUGGUGGGCGAUGUGCAGUCCUGGUGGCAAGCGCAGCAGGAGGGCCGCCCCGGACAGCGCGCCUUAAGGCCCAGCGUGGUGAAGCUCUUGCGGGGCCUCUCCCUGCAGAACUGGGACGACUUCCCAGAGCAGCUGGACUCGCUGCGGGGGGAGAUGGUGGAUGCCACCAGCUUCGGCUCCGUCGGCUCCGCUGGUGCCUUGGAGCUGACGGCCGCGGGAGUUCCCGAGGAGAUGCCGGAGGCGGCCCCCGAGGCGCCCAGAAAUUUGGACAGCUUCUGCGCAUCCGAGCCCCGAAACUUAGACAGCUUCGUUGCAUCACCACGUAACUUGGACAGUUCCUUGCUUCGAACUGCGGUGGAACUGGUGGCGUGGGGCAAUAGCGUCACUUGCACUCCGCACUCUAUGGAUGCUACGCUGUCAGCACGUGUGCAUGCUACGGUUUCCUUCGUCAAAGUUGAUUCCCGCUGUGCGCGGAAGAAAAAGAUGCAGGGUAGCGGCAAAACUUUGGAAGCCAAACGCGCGGCGGAAGCUUCGCCGCAGCGUGCCAGCCCCGGAUCCAGUCCCACAGGUCCUGGAUUUGGCUUCUUCGACCCGAAUAGUCCAGGAGGCUCCAGGCCGGUGCAACGCGCACAACGUCCCGACUUUGGUCCUGAUGGGCAGGAUGUGCUGAGCUCGGAGGAGAACAGCCAUUUCGACACCUUAGUUGGACUGGUGAGCAACGUGGCAGGACACCAGGUGGCGCAGCAGAUGGAACGGGGAUUCGAAGCUGCACAGCAACUGGCGGCGCAGGCGCAACGCGCGGCCUCCAAACGGAUGGACCGAGGCGAAGUGCCCGCGCCGCAGAGCUUCUCUCGGCGGCUGCAAGAGGCGAGUGCGGCGAUAGCCUCCUUCUCCUUCACUGAUUGGGCCACGGGCACUGGGGAAGACUUCGUGCCGGAGGGUGAAAAACCCAGGCUUGACCCCGACCAUCAAGUUCCAGGCGCCACUUCGCAGGUUGCAACCGACACUGUGCUCGACCGCAAGGCUCGAAGAGCGAAAUUUCAGGAGGAAUUCUCCAUGUACAUUUCCAAGUCCACUGAGUCGCCAGACAGGCCCCGCGUGGACCGUCCACCGGUCUCGGUGGCACCACCACGGGCAGCGGCAUCUUCGGAGGAUGAACCACCUACGCCUCCGCCGCAACCACCCUCACGAGAGGCAGUCCUCAUGGCUCUGCAGUCGGAAGACGACGAAGCUGCAGAUGAGGCACCAGAGGUUUGCAUGGUGCCUUAUGGCCUGGUCGCACAGGUGACAUCCCUAAAUUCGGGCUCUGUGCGACUAUCGUGGCUUUUUGACUGGGAGGCAGCACCAUCCGACAUCAGCGAGGCACAAAGAGGCUUCGAAGUUCUUUGGUGCGAAGCAGACGCAGAAGAAGUCAGAAGACAAAGCUUCGAAAGGUCGCCGGCACAAUUGGAGUUGCCACCGGGCACACGUUGUCGCUUGCAGGUGAAAGCUGUUCUGAGAACGCCAGAUGCCGAUGCAAAUGCCGACGCCUUGUGGACUUCCAGCGUGUCUGCAGCCGUCAGUGCUGAUCUCCGAUCCGCAGAUCGAAAGGCGACAUCCUCGGAGCCAGCCUCCCCGGCACCAUCGAACCCGGCAUCUGCGACCCCGUCCUCGCUCUCCGGGGUCUCCGCGCCGUCCUUUGCACAGCCCAGGCUGAAGGGUCGCGUGGCUGCGAACUUCACAGAUUUCUUGAAGCGGACUCCACCUUCCAGCGGGCCCAGCGCUGCAAAGAACAACGCAAAGGUGGUCAUGGGUGGUUCUGCUCCCAAGGUUCCCUUGGCUCCUCCUGGCCCUCUGGGGUCUCUUCAGCCUCGUGUGGUGAACGUAGCUUGGGCCUAUAAGAAGGGCAUUGUGAAAGGGGAAGAAAGUGACUUGGAGAUGUCAAAGUUGAUGCCAACAUUGAGGAAAAUGGUGGUUUAA